AAUUUGGUAUAAAUACUACGUCAUUUCCGCCCAACGCUCUCUUUUCACCGUGUGGUCAGAUUUCCAUACGGCGUUGUUUCGUGCUCUCCCAUAACUCGUAACUCGGGGAAAGCGGUCACGAUGUCCGGAAAUCUGGAUGUCCUUCAAAUGAAGGAGGAGGAUGUGCUGAAGUUCCUGGCUGCAGGAACCCACCUGGGAGGUACCAACUUGGACUUCCAGAUGGAUCACUACGUCUAUAAGAGGAAAAGUGACGGUGUGUACAUCAUUAAUUUAAAAAAGACGUGGGAGAAGCUGCUGUUGGCAGCCAGGGCCAUUGUUGCCAUUGAGAACCCAGCUGAUGUGUGUGUGAUCUCCUCCAGGAACACUGGACAGAGAGCAGUGCUGAAGUUUGCCUCCGCCACCGGUGCUACAACCUUCCAUGGUCGUUUCACCCCUGGUACCUUCACCAAUCAGAUCCAGGCUGCUUUCAGGGAGCCUCGCCUCCUGCUUGUGACCGACCCUCGUGCUGACCAUCAGCCACUGACUGAGGCUUCCUAUGUCAACAUCCCCACCAUUGCCCUGUGCAACACAGACUCCCCCCUGAGAUAUGUGGACAUUGCCAUCCCAUGUAACAACAAGGGUCACCACUCUGUGGGUCUGAUGUGGUGGAUGUUGGCCAGGGAGGUUCUCAGGAUGAGGGGAACCAUCUCCAGGGAACACCCAUGGGAUGUCAUGCCAGAUUUGUACUUUUACAGGGACCCUGAAGAGAUUGAGAAGGAGGAACAGGCUGCAGCUGAAAAGGCUGUUGGAAAGGAAGAGUUCCAGGGUGAAUGGAGUGCUCCUCCAGCUGAGUUUGCUCAGCCAGAGGUCGCUGACUGGUCUGAGGGUGUUGCUGUGCCAUCUGUGCCCAUCCAGCAGUUUGCCCCUGCAACUGCUGCUGCGGCUGCUGCUGCUGCUCCACCUGUAAAGACUGGGGAAGUCUUUUCUGAGGACUGGAGUACCCAGCCUGCCACAGAUGACUGGUCCACUGCUCCCACUGCCCAGGCAUCUGACUGGGGUGGCACCACUUCUGACUGGUCUUAAACCAUCAUCUUUGGCAACAAUAAAAGUGUUUUUUUCACUUUGA